AUGGCACAUCAAAUUAAUCCUCAUCAACAAAAAUUAGCAGAGAAAUUAACGAUUCUCAAUGAUCGAGGAAUUGGAAUGUUAACGAGAAUAUUUAAUAUUAAAAAAGCAUGUGCUGAAACAAAAUCGAAACCAUCAUUUCUACUUGAUAAAAAUCUCGAAUCGGUUCUUCGUCAGAUACAAAAAAAAUUUCCAGCCGUUGAUAAAAGUCAAUUUCAAUCACUCACAUCUAUUAAAACUGAUAUAAUCAAAUCACUUGCAAUAUAUUAUUUUACAUUUGUUGAUCUAUUAGAAUUUCGAGAUCACGUUACUGAUUUAUUAACUACUAUCGAUGCAUGUCAAGUUCAUUUUGAUAUUGCACUUAAUUACGAUUUAACAAAAUCAUAUUUAGAAUUAAUUUCAACAUAUAUAUCACUUAUGAUUCUUUUAUCACGUGUUGAUGAUCGUAAAGUAGUUCUUGGUCUCUAUAAUAUAGCUACAGAUUUAACACAUGGUCAUGGUGAUGCAAGUUUUCCACGUCUUGGUCAAAUGAUAAUUGAUUAUGAACAACCAUUACGUAAAUUACAUGAUGAAUUUGUUCCUCAUGUACGUUCAAUUGGUGAUGCUAUACAAUCCUUAGCACCAAUAUAUGAUCGUCGUACAUGUAAAGUAUCAGAUUGGCGUGCAAAAACUUUACUUAGUUUACUUGCUACACCUCAAACAGCUCAUUUAAUGGAUGCAUCAGAAACUUUACCAUGUGAAUAUUUAUCACAGGAAACAAUUGAACGUUGGAUUAUUUAUACAUUAAUUGUAUGUCCACAACAAUUGGUUAUGAAUUCGAAAUGUAUGCAAUUAUUUGAAAAAGCUUUAUCGAAUAGUUUCGUUCAUGUACUUUAUCGAGAUGAAUUAUUAUUAACCCAUCAAUAUUUACAUCAAAAUUUAGAUAUUUAUAAAUCAUACAGACAAUUAAAAUUAACAGAAUUAUUGAAUGAUACAUUUAAAAAGGCAAUGACAGAACAACCUUUAUAUAGACGUGAACGACGAAAAUAUAUUCGACCACAACUAAAAGAAUUGGCUUUAAUUUUUGCAGAUCAACCAGCGUUACUUGGUCCGAAACUAUUAACUGCUUUUACUGCACUAAGUUUAGCACGUGAUGAAAUCGUUUGGUUGUUACGACAUAGUGAAAAUUUUCCAACUAAACUUCAAAAAGAAGCAAAUAAAAAAACAACUGGUACAACACGAGAUGAUUAUAGUGAUCGAACAUAUCCAGAAUUUUUAUUCUAUAUUGAGGAACUUCGUCAUUUAAUUACAACAUAUUCUUCUGUAAUUAAACAAUAUUAUAUUGAAUGUUUAUCAACACUUGAUUCGAAUGAAUUACAAAUAAAUAUCAAAAAUCUUAAUAUGUCAUGUACUGAAGAUGAAUCAAUUUUAUUAACAUCAUUUUAUAAUACAAUAACAACAUUAUCAACAACAGCAAGUGCUGAUUUACGUGCAUUACGUCUUGAUUGGUUUCGUAUGCAAGCAUAUACAAGUGUAACAAAAAAAUCAUCAUUAUCAUUAAUAUCACUUUCACAUAAUGAACAUUUUGCUCAAACAAUGAAUACAAUUUGUUUUCAUUCAAAAUGUGUUGACGAUAUCGAAACAUUAUUAUAUGAAACAAGUGAUUUAUCAAUAUUUUAUUUUUAUUUAACACAAUUUGAUCAUUUAUUUUCAUCAUGUAUUUAUUAUCCAUCACAAAUACGUUAUGCAAUUGCAUUUCCAUUAAUUUGUCAACAUUUUAUAAAUGCAACACAUGAAUUAUGUCCAGAAGAACGACAACAAAUUGGUGAUUUAAGUUUAAAAAGUGCUCAUGCAUUUGUUGAUGAAAUCUGUAAACAAAUUAAAAGUACUGUUUCAGAAAUUGCAAAUGAAUAUUUUCUUAUGAAUGAACAGCUUUUACCUAAAAAUGCAGUUAUAUCACGUUUACGAAAAAAGAUGCCAACAGAACAAUUAUCAAAAAACAUAAUUCUUCAUCGAAACAUGAUACAGUCAAUGGUACAAA